AUGUCCAUCAUCUUGGGUCAAACUCGGUGCGAUGGCUGUCAGGUAUUGUUCACCGAUUCAGACCGAUCAGCGAUUCGAUUUUACUGUGGUGAUUAUCCUACCGGAGAUUGGAAGGCCGAGAAUUUUUCUCUUCGGAGACCGAGUACUAUGACAAUCCUGCCAAGUACAAGAUGCACAUUCCUUCAUGAGGGCUGUUUCCGUUACAUCGUGGUUCUGCCCAAUGGACAACAACGGUCGCAACCCCAAAUCAACUGCUUCGGGAGAGCUUUGGGAUGGCGCAAACUCGACCUCAUGCGUAUUUUCCCCAAAGGACUGGACAUUCCUGGACCCCGCCGUAUCAGUCCACCCGCCAUAGCGACGGUCGCCGCAGCUGCUCAAAUCGAAUAUUUCCAACGACUCCCUAUCGAGCUUGUUGAUAUGGUUCGAUCUUAUUGUCCAGAUGCCUAUUUCUGGAAUAUGGUGCAGUUACUGGACUCCAAAGAUUUUAUUUCUACGGGCCAAUCUCUGCACAACCCAAAUCUCUCCCGCCUUUGGCAUUGGAAGCGUGGCGACGCCGCACCAGUAUUAUAUCGGCGACGUCUAAAAGACCCCGAAUGUCUUCGCAUCAGUCUUGAUUCGGACGGUAUAUGCGAGAUUCAGAGACUUCGGGAUCAUCCUCGCCCACCAAAGUCCGAUCCCCUCGUGAAGUUCAGGAAGUACGCUUUCGCCAGCAAGAAAGAGCUGGGGACCGUCGACGCCUGCUUCUAG